CCCUUCCUUUCUAACUCGCGUUUGUCGGCUCUCGUCCCCGCUUCCCUUCGUCGCGCUCCGCCACCGUGUUGCGCCGCCGCCCCCCGGUCUGCUCUGCCCUGCGCAUCCACCAGUGGUGCAUCUCCUACGGUGGAUCUGGCCGUCGUCAACCCCCAUUGUUGCGAACACGGAGCUUUCCUUUCCUCCCUCCUCAUUGUUCCUCGGGUUACCAAAACCCUAGGUAUGUCGCAUCAGUGUGCCCUGUGCUUGGCGCUUCACCUUCGGCUGGGGUACCCUGCAUUAGAGCCUUCGCUUCGGCUCUGUACAUCUGGGUCUCCCGUUGGUCCUCCAGGAGCGGCGGGCCUGCUGGGCCCUCGCAUUGCUGCCUCCGUUCUUCUCUGGGCGACAGCCGACAGGUGCUUCGGUGGGGUUCUCUACCUUUGCUUCGCCAUCAUCGACGGUCCGGCUUCAACCACGCCGCCGUUCCUCGAGCCAUACUACCUUCCACUCGCUCAACAGUCUGCAUUGUUUUUAUCUACUGGUGAGUUCCCUCCAAAUGUCCCUGUUGCCCCGUUCUUGCUGUGAAAUCCUGAAAUCGAAGGUGAGGAUGCAAAGGAUUAAUGAGGAUGGAGAUGCAGAAGCAUCAGUCCCUGUGUAUGAUAAGCUUUUGAAAAUAGGAUGGUGGUGGAGGAUUUCACAGCACCAAUGUGAAAAUCCUGAAAUGGAAGGCCUUCUCGUCCCGGCGAUGGCGGCCACGCCGUACCCUUACGGCCGCGGCGGCGGCGACCCGCUCGUGGGCGCGUCCAAGAGGUACGAGGGCAGCUCCGACCUGGUGGACCUCCGCUACCACAUGGGCCCCGUCCUCUCCGCCGCGCCGCUCCGCCUCUACGUGCUCUGGUACGGCCGCUGGGACCCCGCGCACCAGGCCCCCGUCCGCGACUUCCUCCUCUCCCUCUCCGACCCGUCCCCGCCGCAGCCCUCCGUCGCCGACUGGUGGGCCACCGCCGCGCUCUACGCCGACCAGACCCUCGCCAACGUCACCCGCCGCGUCGCGCUGGCCGGGGAGGCCGCCGACGAGUCCGCCUCGCUGGGCCGCUCGCUCUCCAGGCUCGACAUCCAGUGCGUGCUCGCCUCGGCCGUCGCCGCGGGCCGCCUCCCCGCCGACGCCCGCGGCGGCGCCUACCUCGUGCUCACGGCGCCCGGCGUCGGCGUCCAGGACUUCUGCCGCGCCGUCUGCGGCUUCCACUACUUCACCUUCCCGUCGCUCGUGGGCCACACGCUGCCCUACGCGUGGGUCGGCCACAGCGGCGGCCGCUGCGACGUCUGCGCGUACCCGUUCGCGCUGCCAUCCUACAUGUCCCGGACCGGCAUGGCGGCGCUGCGCCCGCCCAACGGCGACGCGGGCGUCGACGGCAUGGUCAGCGUCAUCGCGCACGAGCUGGCCGAGCUCGCCACCAACCCGCUCGUCAACGCGUGGUACGCCGGGGAGGACCCCACGGCGCCCACCGAGAUCGCCGACCUGUGCGAGGGUGUGUACGGGACGGGCGGUGGCGGCGGGUACGCCGGGAAGGUGGCGGUGGACGCGCAGGGGAGGAGCUGGAAUGUGAACGGGAGGAAGGGGAGGAAGUUCUUGGUGCAGUGGCUGUGGAGCCCGGAGGCUAAGGCUUGCGUAGGGCCCAAUGCCAGUGACUAGGCUUGUUGGCCACUGCUAGCAUGUACCACCAUCGUAGUAUUUACUAUUUUUGUACUAGUACCAGUAUAUAUUAGCAGCAGCAGCAGUAGUAUAUUUUAUUCUUAUAUUCUUGGAUUUUUGUAUCUUAAUAUUCGUUUUGCUUUAUAUAUAAAGCUAUUUAUCUGAUUAUAUCUUUUUGAGCAAAAUUUGUCUGAUUAUAUUAUUAUUGAAAUGGUCAACAAAGUUAAGCGUCUUCAGCCCAGCAUCGACCAAGCCUUUUGGGGCUGGGGUGCAGUAGUUGUAGGCUGUCAUGAGUUUGCUAAUUUAUUAUAAGAGAAAAAAAAAUUAUUAUUCAAAUAAUAA